UUCACAACAAUGUGUAAACAAGAACUUAAUUUUAAUAUGCUUUUCGACUGUAAGCUUAGUUACACAUAAAACUUGGCGUAGAAUAAAACUGAAAUCAAAGAGCCUAAGCAAAAGUAAGACUAAAGGUAUGGCAGAAAAAGACUCACAAGAUCAAGUGACAGAAGCAGUGAAAAAUCUUGAUGUAAAUGAUGCAGAAACAGAAAAACUCAUAAACUCACCAGAGCCUGCCCAAACCGAGCCUGAGAAUGCAACCAGUGAUUUAGUUGAAGAGAAAACAGAAAAGGUAUUUGAGUCUGCAGUGGAGCAAGAACCAAGUAUAGAGGCCAACACAUCAGAAAACUGUCAUAGUGAUAACGAUAAUCAGGAAACUGUAGAAUUUGGAUCAACAGGAAACUCGGAUCAUCUUCAGGAAAGUGAGGAACAGGGGGAAGAAACAACAGGACCAAGAGCAGAAAAUAAGGAGGACCAUUCAGACGAACCAAGAGCCAUGGGGGGAAAACAUCCAAAAAGUUCAACAGAGGAAGAGGAAAAUUAUGAUUAUCAGGGAGAAUACAGGCACAGGGGAAAAGGUCACUCGGGAGAAAACACAGACCAAGGAAAUAGGCAAAGAAGUAAUGAAAAUCAAGGCUGCCGGCCAAAAAACAGGAAUAAGAAACCAGGGAUACAAAGACCAUACGGUGGAACUGGUGAUGAGAGACCAACCAGGGAAAAGAAGAAUAGGAAAAAUAAUUGGAAUGGAGAUAGUGGAGGGGAGGAAAAUGACCAGAAAGGAAGCAAGGGGAAAUCGAAGGAGAAGAAUAAGGGUGGGAGAGCGUGGAAUAAGAACUCAGAGUUACCGGAUGAGAGGGAACAAUAUGAAUACUUCUGGAAGAGUCACUCUGUCUUUAGUCAGUGGUAUAUGAAAGAUUUCGAAGUUGAUGGAAUAAAGUAUAACUGUGCUGAACAAUACAUGAUGCAUCAGAAAGCAGUACUGAUGAAAGAUCAUGAAAGUGCACAAAUUAUUUUGGCAUUAGAUGAACCUCGUGAAAUGAAACAACGAGGAAGAUAUGUGGAGAACUUUAAUCAAGAACUGUGGGACAAGAAUUGUAGAAAUAUUGUUGAAAAAGGAAAUAUGGCAAAGUUUUCCCAGGAUAAAAAAUCUAAGGACAUUUUAUUUUCAACGUAUCCAAAAACAUUGGUUGAAGCCAGUCCUAUGGAUAAAAUCUGGGGCAUAGGAUUAGCAAAGGAUGACGAAAGAGCAUGGAAUAAACAAACCUGGAGGGGACAAAACCUAUUGGGGGAGAUCCUGACAAAAGUCAGAGACACUCUGAUGGAUAAGGAGGGAACUUUGAAACCCGUGGACCCCGAAUCAGUAAAGGAGGCCUCUGAAAAUAAAAGAGAAGAGACUUCUGUGUCAAAAGAAGAUUCAGAGGUGGCAUAAUGAUAAAAUUCCGUUUUUGAUGGACCAUAAAUUCUUUUGAUAUACAGUAUUUUUUUCACCAAUAUUACCGGUAUGUUGUCAAUUUUCAAACUCUUUCAUGUUUUUGGUACUUUUACCAGGAAUUGGUAAUCUUGCACUUAUACCAGUAGUAUUUCUUUGUAUCUAUUUGUUUUUUAAGCUCUUUUUCUUUUUUUGUCUUUACAGGAUAAUUGUUAUGAGCGUCUAUGUGUUUAAGAUAGAUCCACACACAAUUCAUGUUCUGAUACUUUCAUAUUGUUAUAAUUAUUUAUAUCACUUUUAAAUGACCAGAUUUUUUCACCCAUUGCCUAUCUAAUCAAACAUUAAGCCUAAAGGUUGAUUGUGAUUUUAUAUGUGGUAUUGACAUUUCCAUGCUUCAUUCAGACUUUUUCUCCAAAGUAGAUGUACAUGGAAGAAAUGGCAUUUAAGAGAAAGCAUAUAAUUGAAAGGAAAAUUCUUUGUUAAUUCAAAAAAUUGAAAAGUAACUUAGUCUAAUUUAAGAAUGUCUGAAUUAUGGUAGUGUUUGAUAAAAACAAACGUUAAUAAAAAUUUUUGGGAAACUGUAAAGCAUCAAAUUACAGUAAAACUAGGUCCAGGGCAUCCGCUAUAUUCUAGUUAAAAACACAGCUAAACUGGUCUAUAGCAAAGUCUUUGGGAUCCUCCUGUAUCAGAGUAUGUAUUAAAUGACUUUAACUGUACACAUGUACUCAUGAUGUCUUUCAGAGAACACAUACCUGUAUCAUGAAAUCACUAAUUUUCAUUGGGGUUUUAAUUUUCGUUGUUUUCGAUGUAUAGACAGGCAUCGAAUCCAUGACUACCUUGAAAUUUAAAAUUUCCUAUGCGUUACUACUCAACAUUUCUCCUACUAGAAAUCAAACCAAUACAGUAAAACUUGGUUAUAACGAAGUCGCUGGGACCUGUGAAAUUUACUUUGCUACAUCCAUAUAAGGAACUUGUUAAAUUUAUAUAGCUGUGGAUCCAAGAUCACUUUGCUUUAUCCAUGAAUAUGCAAUAUCCGUGUUCGACGUACUAAACAGUUUUUCUCAAACCUCGAAAAUUUUACCCCAUGAAAAUGUGAUUUUACCGUUAAUUUCUAAGAAAAACUUAUUAAAAAAGGAAAA